AUGGGUGGGCUGAAGAAUAUCCUGGAACCAGCAGCGAUUGUCGCCGCCUUCACCGCAGGAACACUCAUCAAUCGGCGUAAGAAUUCCAAGCUUCUAACAACACCAGAUGUCGAGUCGCCAUUGCUGGAGGCUCCUCCAGAGGAUCUGAAGCCAAGCGAUGAGGGCGCAGACGAGCGCACGAUCCGUAAUCGUCGAACCAUACAAUCACGGAUCCUCGCCAAGUUUCCCUUCUUAUUAGAGAUAUGGUAUUGGCUGCUCACAUAUUGGGUUUACCAAGGUCUGCGGGCGUUUUCGGCUAGAAUGAUUAGUGGCCAUAAAGCUAUUUUCGACACCGCUGAACGCCACGCCCUUUCCAUACUGUCUUUCGAGCACUUCCUCCACAUCGACGUCGAGCUAGCUGUACAAAGAUAUAUUCUUGGGCAGAAGCCAUGGCUCAUGGCCUUCUUGGCACGGGUUUACUACUCACACAUCGUUCUCGGUGUAAUCUUCGUCGUUUAUUGCUAUACCUUCAUGCAAUGCGACAAGUAUCAAGGAAUCCGACGCACACUGGCAUUUGAAAAUGUCAUUGCGUUCACGAUUCUUACUUUGUGGAGGUGUAUGCCCCCUCGUCUGCUGCCGGAAGAGUACGGCUUCGUCGACGUCCUGCACAGCAACACAGGCGGUUCAGCCUGGACGCAGAACAAGUUCCAACUUACGAUUGCAGCGAUGCCCUCGCUCCAUUUUGGAAACUCGCUGUUCAUCGCGCUCUGCUUGCUCAAGUUCAGCCCUCACUGGUACCUCCGGGCUAUUGCACCCCUAUGGCCAAUGCUAAUGGGUCUUACUAUCGUUGCGACAGCCAAUCACUUUAUCCUAGAUGCGGUUGUUGGCGCGUGUGUGACGCUCACGGCGUUUAGGUUCAACUACAUCAUGUUGUCUCUUCUUCCCGUGGAGAGGGCACUGUUCAGGCUGUUGCGCUUAGAGAAACCCUAG